AGAAAAUUUUUAUCUCUACUUCUUCCCCUAUAAAAGCAGACCCCUCAACUCUACUAUCUUUCAUAAACAAGCACUGACUUGCAUUUCUACUAAUACUCGAAUCGAGUUUUAGAAAAAAAGGAAAACAAAUGGAGGCCUUCAAGAGCAUUGUCAAACCUUUGUGCUAUUUCUUGUUUCUGUGCAUUUUGCUUCUCUUUGCAGAUGCAGCAUCUGCGAAAACGCAUUACCAUGAUUUUGUUAUUCAAGCAACACCAGUGAAGAGGCUGUGCAAAACCCACAACACCAUAACGGUGAAUGGACAAUUCCCUGGACCAACAUUAGAAGUAAACAACGGGGAUACUCUAGUGGUCAAAGUUGUCAAUCGAGCUCGAUAUAAUGUCACAAUUCACUGGCAUGGAGUUAGGCAAAUGAGGACAGCAUGGGCAGACGGACCAGAAUUUAUCACUCAGUGCCCAAUUAGACCGGGAAAGAGUUACACUUACCGGUUCACAAUUCAAGGACAAGAAGGGACACUUUGGUGGCACGCCCACAGCUCAUGGCUCAGGGCUACUGUUUAUGGAGCUCUAAUUAUUCACCCAAAAGGAGGAAGCUAUCCAUUUCCUAAGCCCAAAAGAGAAACACCUAUUCUGCUUGGUGAGUGGUGGAAUGCAAACCCAAUCGAUGUUGUAAGAGAGGCUACAAGAACAGGAGCAGCUCCUAAUGUAUCAGAUGCUUACACCAUCAAUGGUCAACCAGGUGACCUCUACAAGUGUUCCAGUCAAGAUACCAACAUAGUUCAUACAGACUCUGGCGAAACCAACCUCCUUCGAGUUAUCAAUGCUGGAAUGAACCAGGAGCUUUUCUUUACUGUGGCAAACCACAAGUUUACUGUUGUUGGAGCAGAUGCCUCAUAUGUUAAACCCUUCACUACAUCAGUCCUUAUGCUUGGACCAGGCCAGACAACUGAUGUCCUUAUCAAAGCUGAUCAGCCACCAAGCAGAUACUACAUGGCAGCACGUGCCUACGCAAGUGCUCAAGGCGCCCCCUUUGAUAAUACCACAACAACAGCCAUCCUCGAGUACAAGACAUCUUCUUGUUCUUCCAAUUGUGUCAAGACCAAUCCAGUUUUCCCAUCUCUACCAGCAUAUAAUGACACAGCCACUGCUACAGCCUUCACAACAAAAUUCAGAAGCCCAAGAAAGGUCGAGGUACCCAAGGAAAUCGAUGAAAAUCUAUUCUUCACUGUUGGGCUAGGACUUAACAAUUGUCCAAGAGGUGCACGCUCUAAAAACUGUCAAGGUCCAAAUGGAACUCGAUUCACUGCCAGUAUGAACAAUAUAUCUUUUGUGCUACCAUCCAAUUUUUCCCUGCUACAAGCACAUCACAAUGGCAUUCCUGGUGUUUUCUCAACUGAUUUCCCAGCUGUGCCACCUGUAAAAUUUGAUUAUACUGGCAAUGUAAGCCGGUCUUUAUGGCAACCUAUUCGAGGAACUAAGCUGUACAAGCUGAAAUAUGGCGCAAGAGUGCAAGUUGUGUUACAGGGGACUAAUAUCUCCACAGCUGAGAACCACCCAAUUCACCUUCACGGAUAUGAUUUCUACAUCAUUGCAGAGGGUUUCGGUAACUUUAAUCCAAAAAGAGAUGCAUCUAAAUUCAACCUUGUUGAUCCACCACUCAGAAACACAGCCAGUGUGCCCGUUAAUGGAUGGGCAGUCAUUAGAUUUGUCGCUGACAAUCCAGGAGUGUGGCUAAUGCACUGUCACUUGGAUGUUCACAUUACCUGGGGUUUGGCCAUGGCGUUCCUCGUUGAAAACGGAGUCAGCCAAUUGGAAUCAUUGGAAACUCCACCAGUAGAUCUGCCUGUCUGCUGAUAACUGGAACAAGCAACAUAAUACAAAAUUCAAAGCCCUAGAGAAAUCAAUUUAAUUGCUUUAGUAAUUCCAAGUGAUAUUGUUCCCCCCUUUUAGGGCAAGUUCUUUUUUUUUUUUGUUUGCUCUACUACAUUUUCCCCCUUUUUCCUAGAAUUUAUGGUCAAUAUAGUGCCAAAAAUUGCUAUGUAAUACACCAGAUAUCUUAGAAUUAAGGCAGCAUAUUGCCCAGAUUAAACCAGUUGUAUUGUUUCGAGUGCAGAAGAAUUUACUUGAGUUUUGAACUA